AUUAAAGGUAUAUAAGAGCGGCAUUAAGUUGUCAAACGGACGAGCCAACCGAGACUUAUCGUACCCAGGAGGGCCGGUGACAUCAGGCUAAAGGAGGCUAUCUGCAGCAGCUUAAGAAGGUGGCCACGACUCAAGCCGAAACCAAGAUGCCUACGACCAACAGGAUCAUUUCGAACACCAGCGAUUCAAAUAAAGUAAAAAAAGCCAAACCUGUUGACCCACUUGCAGAGAGGAUCGCCUCCUACGACCCCAAUCUCCCCGAGCCCAAAUGUCGAGCUGAUCUCCUCAAACACUGGAUUAACUUGACCUUGGAUGAGAAGACAGCCAAUAAGAAGCUGUGGAUCACCGACGGCGGGGUCAAAGUGGCUCGUAUGACUGACGACGUAACAUGCCCCGUCUUGGACAGACAGGAGAGAUAUGAGUAUUCUCCACAGGUCCUCUGCAAAGAAGGCAUCUUCGGCUUUCGAAGCUACUGGGAAGUGGAGUGUUCAGGAUGGGUGGUGCUGGGCGUCGCAUACGAAGGAGCGGGAAGGCGAAACUCAGCGGGGUCGUGCGGCCUGGGAGAGAAUGAGGAGUCCUGGGCUUUCGGAUGGUGCGGCUCCAGCUACACCGCCUGGCACAACAGCUGCUGCGAGGACAUCAGGGAUUUACCGAAGUUCUCCACGAUUGGCGUAUAUCUCGACCAGCCGGCCGGCAUCCUCAACUUCUAUGGUAUUUCUGAUGGGAAGGAGGGUGAGGAGGCCUCAGACGACAGGGAGGUGACAAUUCUGAAGGAGAUGAGACAUCCCUUCAAGGAGAACAUGAUCCCAGGGUUCUGGGUGGGAAAUCAGUCUCACUGUAGGGUCAUAAAGAGAGAAGUUUAAAAACCUGAACUAGCUUUGCUAAAAUCUUGUCUAAAAGUUAGUCGUCUUGGCUGAUAUCUCCCGUCAUAAUUAAGCUCCCUAUAUCGCCGCUUAAAGCGGAACUGACCUGAUUUAUCGCUUGUCUUUUACGUGCCUUAAUCUCUUACUAACAUAGAUUUGUGUCAAUCGUAUGCGUGUCACACCAACAUAUAAACAGUAGAGCACUACUAAUAUAGGUGUUUUUCUUACUUGUAAACUCUUCAGGGCAGACUUAGGAAGAAAGUGGGUCUUGUAUAUUUCUAGAAAGGGAGCAAAGUGCAAUUAGUUUCACACCGUUUGUUCUCCCGGACUUUCCUGAAACCACCGGACCACUCAAGGUGUAUUCUGUAUUUGUACAUAUUUUAUUCCUCCAUUGGUACUGUGUGUUAAGGAUGUAUACAGUUAUGUUGUAUGUAUUGGUGUAUGUAGACUAAUAAAUAUAGAAUUUUGAAUAUAUAGAAAAGCAUUAUGUAAAACCUGUAUUUUUCUUGUUCCAUCAUCGAAUACACAAAUAAAGCAAAACAAAAAAAAAAUGCUAUAAGUAGGAGCGGAUGUGUAUAAAUUCACUAAUAUUCAAUAAAAUAAUAAUAAAGUG